AUGCUAGUGGACUACACCCGACAUCAGUUGGUGCGGGUGCUGCAGGUGUCGCACCCUGCCGAGGCCUGGGCUCUUGACUUCCAUCCACAAUUGGCAAUCAUGGCCACGGGCUCCGCACGGGGAGACGUCCGCUUCUGGAAUGUGGCCGACAGGAAGCCUGCGGUUGGCAAGGUGUUGAAAACUGAAUGGUCCGUGUGGGCCUUGACAUUCUUGCCAACCGAUGGGUCGCUCAUGGCACUUGGCCACGACAAAGGUAUGGUCGAGGUGCUUCGCUUCCCUUCCCUGCAACCUUGCUUCCGCGAGAGGCUGUCCCAUGCAGCUGAGCGCGUCAGCGCCUUACGCUUCAGCGACUCUGGCACGUGGCUCGCGGCAGGAUGCUGGGAUCAGGAGGUUUAUCUCUUGAAGCUGACCACCGCCAGCAGUGGCAACACAGAGGUCCGUUUGCACCGCGUCCUUUCCGGCAACAGCUCAAGUCCUACUGCAGUGAUGUUCUCAGCAGACUCGCAAUACGUCAUGUCUAAUUCCAAAGACUGCCAGAUUCUCUACUGGAACACAAAGGAUGGAGCACCCCAGAAACACAUGUCCAUCUUCCGGGACACUAGGUGGCAGAAACCGUGGACAUCAGUAUUGGGCUGGCAUGUCAUCGGCAUUUGGGGCGAUCCGAAUUACGAUGGGAGUGACAUCAACUCUGCUUGCCAAUCCAACGAGCCAAUGGAUGACUUGCUAGCUUUCGGUGACGACUACGGCUGUGUAAAGCUGAUCCGCUUCCCCAGCCCAUUUGUCGACCCCGGAGUGAAGGUCUACAGCGGCCAUGCAAGCCAUGUUACGGCUGUGAGAUUUUCACGCUCGAAU